CGCGAAAAUGUGGAACCGCCUCUCACCGACCAGUUCCAACAGACUGUUGCACGAUAAUGCCUAGCGUAUCACUCUGGAAGGUCCGGAUCCCCCCUGGAUGCAAGGCCCCCUCAAGGUGGCGUUUCUGGGGGCCUCCGGUGUGGGACGCACCAGCAUCCUGCAGCAAUUCUUUAAGCACGAUUUUCCGAAGGAUCACAUCCGCACGGCACGGCGAAGCGUCUAUCGGAGCUGUCUGGUGUGUGAUGCGUGCAUUCGUGAGCUGAUGGUGUUGGACGUACCACCGCAGAAGUACUUCCCGAUCGAUAACCUGGCGGAGUGGAACAAUGGUCAUCCGCUUGGGUUGCGGACGGUGCAUACGUACGUGCUGGUGUAUGAUAUGGGGAAUUUGGACACCUUUCAGUACUGCCGAAAUAUGCGCGAUCAAAUUUUGGAGAGCUUCAACCAUCGCGAUUUCAAGAUAAUGGUCGUGGGCAACAAAGUGGACAUGGUGUCAAACCCUCACACUCAGGAACUAAAGGAUAUUUCCACCCUCGUCCGGAAGCACUGGCGCUGCGGAUACGUCGAGUGUUCGGCAAAGCACAACUACAAAAUUGGGGACAUCUUUAAGGAGCUGAUGGGCUACCCGGUCGGUGGAACCGCACCAAAGCUGGAGUUUUCGCAGGCGAUCGGGACGAAAAAUCGUUGCACAAUACUCUAGUAGUAGCUGAACCGGAGGGAUUCCUCCGCAAAGUGAUGCUGGCCAUUCGUCGAGUUCCACGAGCUCAGAAAAUACGCUCAUCUUGAAGGUUUUUAUUGAGCCUUCGGGUAUUCUUCCGAGUCCGUGGUCCUCCGUCGAGAAUGUUAGCGUUACGUAUCUCAUCCAGGAUCCAGGAUCGUGCCAAAGGAUGGAGCGUCUGUAAAACUGUAAUUAGCCGUUGGGGAGAGCAGAUUGAGCAGAACAAGUAGAAUUGAAGCCAGCAACCUCAGUGUCUGUUGAAGAAUAGUAGCCAGUAGUGUAGCCACCAGGACCCUGGCUGAUCGUGAAAUCCCAUCCAUCGUACCCAUCCUGUAGCUCGUAGACGUGUUUUAACCCGCCCCAGCGUCCGUUUUGUACAAAGAACCCCCCCUAAUGUACGUGAUUUUACGAGAGAGAUAGACAAUAACAAAUACCACACACUAUAAAUACACACAGACACACACACUGGUCCAUCGUCAAAGGACGCCAGGAUGUGCAGGAGCUAGGACUAGCAUUAUUCGUGUGUGUUAAAAGCGCUUGCGUGUCUCCUUACGUGACAACGCAUAAUUUGUUUGCGUUGACAGCAUCGCGCAUUGCAUCGCUUCUGUGUUGGUGCUUUAGUUGACGCUUUCCGUGUGCAUUGGCGAACAAAAUGGCCGCCCAGUUGCUAGGCAACCCGCCGCGUUUCCCGCCAGGAGACCACGGUUUUAGUAGGCUGAUUUGUUGUAGCGUGAACCGUUUCGAGCGAGCGUUCGAGCGUGUUCUUUGUUGUCGUUCUAGCUAGCGGAUGUUAACAAAGGAGAAGAGGAAAAAAAAUGAUGGCGAUGGUAGCAAGAGCACGAAGAGGGCGAUCAGCGAUCAUCUAGCGGGUUGAGAAAGCUUUUCAAGGGAGCGUACCCAUUUCGUAACGAUUUAUUUCUGCUGCAUUUUGUCCGCAUGCGUGAGGAAAGCUCUCUUUUACGCUCGAUGGGUUGAGGUUUCCCUUUUUUUAUUUCUUUAAGCACACUCGAAUGUGAUAUGCUAAACAGCGUCAAGGAGCUGGUCAUUACGCUUAUGAUUGAUCGAAUUUCGUAUGGGUGGUACACAUGUUUAGUUUAUUAAUGCGUUCGAAUAAAGCGAGCGUAUAGCUCUGGAAUUAAGGCGUUGGUUUGAGUGGAUUGAUUUAUGUUGGAUUUUGCUGCCCAAUGUUUGCUUGCCGAAGAUCGAGAAUGACCAAACGCACCCGGAGUUAAAUGGCGCUUUGUGAAAUUGCACUUUAUGUAGGUGAUGUAAGACGCGUAGUAAUAAUUAGACCACGUUAGGGCGAUUAAACGGUGGCGAUGGGAAGGACUGAGCCACACCAGUGUUACCAGUUGACGAAUCAAGCAAUGUUAAAUGAAAAAUAAACGAAUAAAGCGUACGAUGGCGUUCGGGAAAUGAAGCAAGUGAAGUAAAAGCGGCUUAAGUCGGUUUGUGGAGGUUUUUUAAAGCCUUUUAUUUGUGUUUUCAAUUACUGACAAAACCAAUGAUACUUUUUCCUUCGAUUGUCACGGGAAUUCGCAUGACAAAACGAUAGAAUUGCAAUAUUGUUGCAGUUAAUUAUGAUUCGAAUUAGUUUAAAUACCAUUCUGCAUCGUCUGGCGUUCAAAUUACGAAGAA